AUGCGACUUGGACAAUUUCUCGCAACUCGCUCUCUAGAAAAUGCUGCAACUCCAACUCCCACCAAGGAGUUUCUCCAGCAGACGUCGCAUCCAGUAUUAAAGCCGGCAGCCCGAACAGCGGUAGAGCGAGACUUUUCGUAUCCGCCGAUUGAAUGUACUACUACUACAAGUACACAGACGACUCAACUGCCCAGCCAAACCAAUAGCAGUCAAACAAACAGCACUCAGACAAGCAAUGGCAUGGAUGAAGGAACAAAGAUAGGCCUAGGAGCCGGCAUCACUCUAGGGGUACUGGCGUUGAUAGUAGUCAUAGGGCUCUUGCUAUAUAACUUCGCCAGCCGGGAACCGAAACAAGAAGCAGAUGAGGAUGCGGACACUUGGAGUUGCGUAGUAGAGCCAAGUACGCCUCAUGGUCCAAAGCCAGACUUUCCCACUCAGGAGAUGUACCAAACUGGCGGGCACCGAUAUGCGCCACUGCCAAACAGCCGCAGCAACAACAACAACAGCAGCAGCAGCAGGAACUCUACAUACUCGGACAUCCCGAUUAUGCCAGCAGUGCCAGCUAUGACGGGCGGGCACCGAUAUGCGCCACUGCCAAACAACAGGAACAGGAACAGGAACUCUACAUACUCGGACAUCUCGAUCAUGCCAGCAAUUCCUGAAAGAGCCCCUGUUGUGCCUGACCAGUGGGAAAGGCCAGCAGUUCCUCAAAGCGCCCCUGAUGCGGUUGAUCAAUGGGGAAGGCCAGCAGUUCCUCAAAGAGCACCUGUUGUGCUUGAUCUGUGGGGAAGGGCGGAUGACAGCUCGCAGCCUUUGAUGAGUAUUGCCGAGUUGGAGGAUGGAUAUAUUUUGAGCAGAACACCUAGGAUGUCGGAACUGAAUCCGGCGCCAUCUACAUACGGAAACUCGGUGUAUUCACGACCAGCCGAGUUGCCCAACAACAAUAACAACCAUACUGGAAACCAAAAAUCCGCGCAUAAGAUUCCCCGAAAGCAAGUUGGAAGUCAGGCUACGCUGCCGCGGUCAAAGACAUACUGGUACAUAUAG